GUCAUGUUUCAUUAACAAAUCUGCAGGUUGACUGCAUGGUUGUACAUGGUUAUGUAGCCUACUAUAAUUAAUACGUCCAUGUGGUUGACAGGAGCUACUCUUGCGUCAUAUUUCUGCGCCGCGUGGGCUUGCAGCCGUGGAGGACAUAUAACAUGGGACACCUUGGAGGUUUAUUUCUUUUGGUCGUCUCCGUUUCGUGGCAUUAUAUUCUGGGUUCCGCAGGCCACUCUCUGCCCGCCUGCCAUGAGCAGCUGGAGUUCAGGUGCAGCGAUGGUUCAUGCAUCUCGGGCCUGAAGUUGUGUGACAGUCACACAGACUGCAAGGAUGGUUCAGAUGAGCAGCACUGCAGUCACGCGAGGUGUAAGAAAGAUGAAUUUGCAUGCCGCAGCAGACGGUGCAUCUCUAAACGUUUCCUAUGCAACGGCGUAGAUGACUGUGGUGACGGGAGCGACGAGGAUUCCUGCCAGAACUGCCCCCCCCCCUUCUUCUCCUGCGGGUUGUCUGACAUUUGUCUGCCCAGACAUAAGCUGUGUGAUGGACGGACAGACUGCAAGGACGGGUGGGAUGAGAGCCAGGAAUUGUGUGGGUUGACGCAACCUCGCCCCCAAACAUCUCCCAAAUGUGCAGCUUCAGAGUUUCAGUGUGGAAAUGGCCAGUGCAUCAGCCAGGCCUGGAGGUGUGACCACUCACCGGACUGCUCUGAUGGCAGCGAUGAGGACGACUGUAGACUGUAUCAGAACCUGUGCCAGGUCAAUAAUGGAGGCUGUUCUCACGAGUGCGUGGACCAGCCAAUGGGUUUCCUCUGUCUCUGUCCUGACAACAUGAGGCUGGUCAUGGACAGCCAGUGUGAGGAUGUCGACAUGUGCCUGGAAACAGAUGUGUGUGAUCAGCUGUGUGUUCACAUGAACGGCAGCCUCACCUGCGACUGCCUUGAGGGCUACACCAUGAAUCCAACAACCAGAGAGUGCAAGGCCAAAGGAGAUGAAGCUCAGCUGGUUUUCACCUCUUCUAAAGGAAUGCAACGGAGCAGCAUCCCUGGUACAGAGCACAGGGAACUGGCCCCACAUUUACCAGGACCGGGGCCUGUGGCAGCCUUGAUCUCAAACAGCACACUGUACUGGGCCCAGAAAGGACGAGGCUCCAUAUACAGGGUCUCCAUGGAUGGAAAGGAUGCCAUGCUAGUGCUGAAAGUUAAAGGUUCAGUGUCCGCCCUGGCUGUGGACUGGAUCCACCAGCUCCUGUACUGGACCAGCAUGGAGAGUGGUUCUGUUAAUGUCGGCCUGCUGGACGGUUCUGCACAGCGUCAGCUCAUCACAGGGCUGGACAAACCUUCUGCAGUGGCUGUGGAUCCUCUCCAGGGGUUGCUUUUUUGGGCUCAAUGUGGCAGCUUCCCAAAGAUUGAGAGAGCCAGCUUGGACGGCCGGGACAGGAUUACUCUGGUCACCUCCUUGAUACGCCACCCUGUUGCCCUCUCUCUGGAUGUACCUCGCCAGCUGCUGUACUGGGUUGAUCAGGGAAUGAGAAGCAUCUCCAGAGUAAAUCUAGAAGGCCGGGAACGUAAAACAGUGGUCGAGUCUAACGGCUAUCUGGAUCGUCCCUUGGGACUGGCUGUGUUUGAGGGUUUUGUGUAUUGGAGUGAAGAAGUUACACGCUCCAUCUGCCGAGCAAACAAGCACAAUGGCCGCCAACUUCAAGUACUGCUGACAAAUAUUACCUCGCCAGGCAGUGUGGUCAUCUCUCAGCCUGUUCUUCAGCCAAAUGGGCCAUCUGUGUGUGGACGUCCCGGGACAAUGUGCCAGCAUAAGUGUGUUGUCAACCUGCUGUCUGACAUCCCAGAGUUCAGCUGCAUUUUCCCAGAAACACAACAAAAUAAGUCUCAAUCAUUUCCUGCUAUCUCUCGCACCGUGCCUGCAACGACUCUGUCUGAUCCCACGUUUACCGGGAUCCUCUCCCUUAUCGUGUUUCUCACUUUGCUGCUGGUGGGAAUGGCUGUGUGGUGGUGGAGAGAGGAGUGCAGCCCGUCCAAGUCUCUCAUAGUGCAGAGCUUUUACCUCAAAGAGUCCCAGGACCCACUCAUCACCCGGGGGCCACCCAUGGGUCCAAACUCAUGUCUCACCAAGGAAACUCUGCCUAAGCUGGAUUUGGACAAUGAAUGAAGAAGGUGUGACACAGUUGGUCAGCAGACUGCGCUUCACCUGGUAUGAUGUCAACCCCCGCACAGGACAACAAGACAACAAACCUAGCUGAUGACCCUGUCGUGUCCUGACUCCCUGUGGAGGUUAAAUCUCUGACAGAGUGACUCUGUGGUAAAUAUCUGAGAUGGGAGAGGGGAAAAGGCCUUCAAACAGUCAUUACUGUUGUUGCAUCAGCUCUGAAAGAGUAUUACUUUCAGCCCUGGUGGCUCUACAGUAGAUUACAUCUUGUUGAUGAUGAUGACGACCAUUGUCCAAUUUCACCCUGAAAGCUGUGCGCAGCAGUGAACAAGUAUACAUAUAUUUUUGUGCUUUAAAUGAGAAGAUGAUGUUGCCUUAUGUUUAAAACCCUGUAAUCAAGCAUUUUGCUCAACAAGUUGCCAGCUGUGUUACAGUUUUAAGGUCUCCAAGAUAAUCAAUGGAAAGGUAAUCUGGCAAGAUUAGACAUUAAACGAUUAAUUGAUUCAUCAGUUAGUCAUAAACAAACAAAUGAAUUGGCAAAUUAAAGAAUUUUCUGCUUCUCUUUUUUUUUUUUAAAUAUUUGACAGUAAAAUAAAAUUUUAUUUGGGGUUUGGACCAUUGAUCAGACAAACAAGUAAUGGGAUGACUCUGGGAAGUGGUGACAAAUAUAUUUCAGUAUUAUUUGAGGUUUUAUGGACAAAACCAUCAGUCAUUGAAUUGAGCAAACAAUGUUUCCUUGCAGAGGUUCCUAUGUAGAAUUAUAUUUUAUUGUUUUAUUGCAUGUCCUCAAUUCCCAUUGGAAUGUUUAUUUCAGUUUAUUGCAAUUCCCCAAACUUUACUUUUGCAGCAUUAUGAAUGGAUCAAAUAGGGGUAUUGUGAUCAAACUUUUUUUUUUGCUCAUAGGCUUUCAGGAUUUUCACACUCUUGGUUUGUCAGCAUGAGACUGUAGAUAAAGAGAUGCAUUAUUGCAUUGAAAUUUAUGUUGCCUUUUGCACAGACUUCAACCAUCUUUGAACUCUGCCUUCAUUUUUAUCUCAACUGCACACCUGCUCUGUGAGUGUAUCUUGCAACGUUGUGACACCAUUGUGGUUACACAUCUGUCCACAUACAUAUAGACACAUAAACAACUGCUAAAGUACUCAAACCUGCUGUUUGGAGUUUGUAGUUCCCGCAACAGCAUGUUUUUCCAGAACCACAUUUUUACACACACACACACACACACACACACACACACACACACACACACACACACACUGGACAGGAUGUGCACACAAUUAACUUCUGUAAGAUGUACUGUAAAAAUUCAGAGGUUGGCUGUGAUGAUUAAUGCAACAAUGAUGCAAAAGUUCAUUUAAAGUGGCCUUAAAGUUUAAUUAAAAGAUCAGAUUUGAUUCUCACAGGGGACAUCUGCAAUAACUCCAUCGCCACAUCUGGAAUAGUGGUAACAUCCUUUUGGAUAAAUUCAUCCUUCAAAGAGGAUGGUGAUACAGUUUUACUAAUAGUUAAACUUCAAGCUCUUACUGAGUACUUAUUAAACUACUGCUGCUUUUUCAGCUCCGUCACCAAGAGCAAGUGUCACAAAAGUCUAGCUUUAUCUUCAUGUUUUGUCUUUGAAUGUUGGAGGAAAGGAUCAGAUAGCAGAGCAUAGUUCUCUAUUUUCUUUUGGAUAUAGUACAAAUAGAAAUACACUGUAUUGUAAAUGCUGUAGCUGGAGUCAGCAGCUGGUUAGCUUAGCUUAGUUUAGCAUAAGCACUGGAAAGAGUUGGGGAGCGCAACUAACUGGAAAGAGGGAAGCAGUUGCAUGACUUUGUCCAAAAGUAGGAAAAGCCACAAACCAGAACUUCUAAAGCUCUGUACAAGGUGAAAGCUCUAAAGCAAUGCUAUACAGAAAAAUGGAGAUAUUAAGCCUAGCUUGUUGAAUGGCAAUAAUACUGACAUGUAGUUGGUUUAAACAGUGUGAGGAAAGAAACGGUUGGUUGUGGGUUUUGUGUUUUGAUGCCUUCUGAGCGCUGGUACUAAAAUGGGAACAAAUGUGUUUUGUGAAGUUAAAUGGUUUUGCUCUUGUGUGAACUCUGGUUGGAGUGAAUGUUGGACUGAUUGACUUGCUGUGUUUGAUUCCAGUCUUUUUGUGUUGUUUUUGUGAUCUGAUAAAAUGAUGAAAAAAAAAAAAAAAAACUCUUGGCACUAGUUGGAAGAUAAUUCUGUAAGUGUGCUCAAACGUUUGAGUUUAGUGGUUGAUAUUUAUUUUUAAGAAAUGUUUUUUUGAGUAGCUUUCCAGUUAGUGUAGAACUGUGUUUGCACCCUGGAUAAAUCUGUUAAAUGCUGUAAAUGAAUUAAAUAUAUAAAUAUUUUA